UGAGUGGCGCGGUUUAGUUGCUUAAGCAGAAAUUGUUCUCUUCGGAAUUUGAUACAAAUGCGCUUUUUGUAAAUGAUUAUCAAGUGCUCUAGUUGUGACCAUCAUACCAUUACGUGUGUGACGACCGUGUUUGUUAAACGUGACGUUAAAUAUAACUCAUUUUAAUGGCGAGGUUCAUACGAUUAGUAUUAUUGCUGAUAUCUUUAUAUGAAGCAUCAGCAUUAGAUGGAGGAUGUGGAAAAUUAUUCAAUGGCAAAUGCAUAUGUGGUUUGACGACUUAUGGUGAUCGCGAGCAAUAUGUUGUGAACUGUACGAAUACAGGAUUUGAAGACACAAAGGUCUUGGAAAAUCUACCAGAAGCGACAGAAGUGCUCAUUUUCACAGGUAAUAAUAUUCCAGAGCUUCCAUGGAAUGUGUUUGGUGCUCUUACCGAAUUGGAACAUCUGAGAAUAGUGGAUAUGUCCAAUAAUCGCAUAAAAGAUAUUCCGGGAAAAGCUUAUCAUCACGUGAAAAAUGUUCAGCGUUUAAUUUUGAAUCAUAACGACUUAAGUAUUUCCCCGGAUUCGGAUGAAGACAAUCAUCACCAUCCUAGAGUAUUUUCCAAUUUUAUUAAUCUUAUGGAGUUACAUUUGACGAAUGCAUUUGCUGAUAAUACAGACGCAGAAUUAGCUAACGAUCUUCAUAAUAUAUUUGUCAACAGUAAUCUAACGCAUUUGAGAAAACUUCACUUGGAACAAAAUGAAAUAUUAAAUUUUGGAGACAAAAGAGUUUUCUGCGAUUUACCUAGUCUGCGAGAUUUGCAUUUGGGUGAUAAUUAUUUAUCAGAGAUAGACUUUAACUUUUUGUGUCUUAAGAAUUUACGGUUUCUUGAUUUGGAACGGAAUAAAAUCGAAUACUUCAAGAAGCGUGACCUGCUCACCCUGGACCAGGUGAAUGCUGCUGGCCGAGAAGAGCAGUUGGUCAUCGAUGUUGGCGGCAACCCUUUCCGAUGUGAUUGCAUUGUUAGCGAGUUUUAUUCAUGGCUGUUCCGAACUAAUGUUACCGUCAGGAACAAGGAGUCUUUACGGUGUCAUCGCGCCCAAAAGCAUGGCGGGGAAGCAUUGAUCAGCCUAUCCGUCGAUAAAUGUCGAAAAGCUCAAUCUGUAGUGCACGAUACGAGUAAAAUAUCUACCGUGACUUUUAUGCUGAUUAUUUUAAUAGUCAUUCUUUCUGGACUUGUCGUCGCUCUGGGCUACAUGAGCAGAGAUAAGUUGAAAUUAGCAUUUACUCCUGUGAUAGAAACCGUUUCUAAAAAAGUUCAAUAUACCACGAUCCGAAACAAUGAACAAGAAGUUUAGUAUAAGGAAAAUUUGUUGCAAAUAUAUUUUAAUUGAUAAUCAGUUUCUGAAAUUGAUUCGAAUCAAUUAAAAGAAUGUUUGAAAGUGAUUAAUAUUACUAAUGAUAAUUGUUUUGGCGUAUACUUAAUAUGUAAAAUUUGA